AACUUCAGAAGAGCGAAGAGUGUGCGGCUGUCCAAAUGCUGCUGCUCCCCGGCCGUGGGCUCUUGCUAGGCCUGGCCGCAGUGGCGGUGGCUGUGAUGGCAGCACGGCUGAUGAGCUGGUGGAGUCCCAGCGCUGGCUUUCGCCUUUUCGUACCUGGGGAGCUUGCCCGCUACCGCGGCGGCCCUGGAGACCCGGGCCUCUACUUGGCAUUGCUGGGCCGCAUCUAUGAUGUGUCCUCCGGCCGGCGGCAUUACGAGCCUGGGGCUCACUAUAGCGGCUUCGCAGGCCGAGACGCAUCCAGAGCGUUUGUGACUGGGGACUAUUCUGAAGCAGGCCUUGUGGAUGAUGUAUCUGACUUGUCAUUUUCUGAGAUGCUGACACUUCAGAAUUGGCUGUCAUUCUAUGAGAAGAAUUAUGAAUUUGUUGGAAGAGUGAUAGGAAGGUUCUACGGAGAAGAUGGGCUACCUACGCCAGAACUGACCCAGGUAGAAGCCAUGAUCACCAAAGGCUUGGAGGAAAAUAAACAGGAACUGAAAGAGAAGCAGAAAUUUCCACCAUGCAACGCUGAAUGGAGCUCAACCAGGGGCAGCAGGUUCUGGUGUUCCCAAAAGAGGCUUGUGAGUCCAUGGGAGACUGAACUCAGUACCCUAAGUGGAGGUGUGAGCAGAGACUGGAUUGGCGUCCCCAGGAAGCUGUAUAAGGCAGGAGCCAAGGAGCCCCACUGCGUGUGUGUGAGAACAACUGGCCCCCCUAGUGACCAGACUCUGGACAACCCUACACACAGCAAUCGUGGGGACUUGGACCACCCCAACUUGGGAGACUACACAGGCUGCCCACCCCUGGCCAGCACAUGCUCCUUCCCACUCUAAGCUGGUACCCUAUAUGUUGAUAACCCACAGAGAAUCCUGCCUAGAACCCUAACAGGCCCUUCACUCAUGUGUCCUAAGAUGGCUCCUGACAUCAAGCAAGAGAGCCUAGAAGGACUCUGGCUUCUGCAGAGGUGACCCAUGCUCCCUCACCAUGGGUUCAGCAUUCUGAUGACUGAGGCCAGAGCUUGGCAACUCGCCCAGUAUUGGCCAGCCUGUUUUUGCCACUAUUCCCCUCAAUCUACGUGCCAUCCUCUUUCAGAGCCCUCAGAUAUUAAUGGGCACAAACAUGACCAACUCAAAACUAAUUGGACAGACAAGCAAAGGGCUCUGAACUCUAAUAGCUUCCUUCCUGCAGACUCCCAGCUGCCCAGAUCAGCUGCCAGCCUGGACCCUACCUAUAACCCCCAACCCAGUUGGGGGCACUGGCAAAAAGGGACUACAUCAUUUCCUUACAACUCAAACAAGCAGGCACAUCUAGAAAAGACAAAAAUAUUAACAGCAUCAAUAUAAUUCUGUUUCAAGCUCCUCACUGGCUAAACUUGUGACCCCUGAUUUUUAUAACCUUUAAGACCUCUACCCUAAGAUGAACUUGAAUUUACAACCAAAAGCCACACUGAGUUGAUUUGAGCUGGGCCAAUACAAUGAGAGGUGAUAAUAAAAUAGGAAAGAGUUAAUUUUGGAAAUUAGGAAAGCUUUUGCUUAUAUGGGUGUGGCAAAUCCAGAUGCCUCUGAACAAGGCAGCAAUUUAAGAGUAUUGUUUCUCUUUUAAACACUUAAAAUUAAGUGUGGUGUUUUCAAAGGGAGAAGUCAGCAUUUUGAGCAAAAGGUGGUUUCACAUCUCUAACAAGGUUACUGGUUAGCACAACAUCCAAGUUUGGACACACCUGCAACAGCCUAAACUUAAUGGUGGCCCGGCUUGCAGCUUUUCCAGUGGGUUGUGUGUCCCAGGUCAUCUGUAAUCUACACUUGACAAAUUUCAUACCUAUUACCUCUUGGAUUCUUAAGUAGAUGAGGGCAAGGAGUGUUCCUACUUUACAGAUAAGGAAAUGAAGCCGAACUCUUACAGAUUCACAGCCUCUCCUCAUCUGAGCCUUCACUUCAACUCCUUUCCCAAUCCCCUCAACUCUUAUUCUAAACAUUCCCUAUCCUUCUUCCUUUCUCUCUCUUUUAUCAUUAAUCUCACUAAAUAGCUUUCCAGAUUCACUGACUAGAAAAUGGAGGCUCUUUCCCCUUCAGCAGUCAUGGUCCACUGCUCUUGUGGCCACAGCUGUUUACACCUGGACUCUGCUCCUGACUCCUUUUGCCACCCCAGGAUCGUCCUCACCUACUCUUCCUGAACCUUUAACCUCUCCCUGCUCCUGGCUCCUCCUCCGAAGUAUACAUUAAACAGGUCACUUCCCUCACAUUAUAAAACACUCUCCCCUCAAUACCACAUUCUUUUGUAGCACCAUAUCUAUUGCCUGUCCCAGAUAAGUUUUUUGAAGAAGCCACAUGUACUAUCUUUACUCCUCAGCCCACAUUCACCUUACUUCUGCUCUUCUCUGCUGAACAGGAUAAAUUCUGUAUUGGCAAAUCCCAUGGCCACAUUCCUUGAAAGCCUCUCCUCCAUAAACCCCUUCCCACUAGCUCUUCUCACUCCUACUUCAGCUGCCACUUAAACUGCCAAAUAUGUAUCUAGUCCAGGCGGCUUUCCUGAGCAUUUCUGUAGGUACCUCAUUUCUGGCAUUCGAUCUUCAUCUUCUCCGUCUUAUUCUUCUAGGUCCCCCUAGUGAUGGUUCCCAUCACCAUCUGUAUACACCCAGUCAUACUAUAUGAAGAAUCCUGAUGAUCAUCCACAACUCCUUCCUCUCCUGUUCCCCUCCUCCCAACCCAUCUCCAAGUCCUGGCAACUCCACCUCCUCAGUUCUCUCCAUUCCCUCUUACCUAUUCCCAGCACUCCUCCUCUGGUUUAGGCUAUCAUCUCUCACCUGGUUUACUGCAGGAGUCUAACCACACUCCCUCCCUCCAGUCCACCCUCCACACCACUACGAGUCAUCCUUCUCGAUGAUGGGCAUUUCCUCUCCAGUGGUUCCCCAUAUCUCUAAGGAUCAAGUGCUAACUCUUCAGCAGCAUGGCACAUAAGGCCCUUCUAUAGUCUGUCUCCUGUCAGCCUCUGUAUCCCUCCACCUCCCACAUACACCAUUCCCUCCAGCCUCCACCUCACUGCAUUAUGCCUACCAUGCCUUCGCCCAGGCUGUCUCUUCUGCCUGGAAUGAUACCUCUUCUUUCGCUCAAUUUGUACACCUCUUCUUAAUCAGCAUCUCUUGGGAGCCUUCAUUAACCACUGGCCCACCAGUUGGAUUUUCCCCUAGGUUCCCGUAACACAGAUUCCUUGUGUUCACUCCUCAAAUAACAAAUAUCAGUGUUCUGUAACCAUGGGUUUCUAAUGGCCUCUUGCACUGGACUUCAGACUUUGAGAACAGGGACCAAUGGUUACUCAGUUUUGUACCCCUAAAUCUAUAAUACCUAGCACAUGAGAAAUGAUGUGCAGUUAGCUUUUAUUUUGGUGGUGAGGCAGCCAAGGCCUGAAGAACUUAAUUAGGGCACCAGAGCAAUGGGGCUGAACCUAGAACUCAAGGUUCUGGUCCUGAUUCAGUGCAAUUUUCACUUCUCCAUAUUUUGGUAUGUCUCUGCCCUCUCUGGAGCAGGAGCAAAGAGGAGAGCUGAGAUUAGGACCUUGCUCUGAGUUCCACACAGCCCUUGGGCUCAGUGCCUGAGGUAUCCCUGGUAACUGGACACAGCUCCCAACUCUAGGCUAACCAGGAACUAGUCACUACCACUGUUCUGGUCCUCCUUAUUCAACAAAUAUUUACCAAGUACCUAUGUGCCAUGGGGUUGGGGAUGGGAGCAAAGCAAGGCUCUUGACCUCAAGGAGCUUACAGUAUGAUGGAGUGAACCCCUGGUUAGAGCAACCAGAAGCCACUCUUGGGAUAGCAAUGCAGCAACAGUGUGGGGGCCAGUCCAGAGAUGUUCAGACAUUUCCAAGAACAAACUGAAGGAGCAGCAAAAUAAGGCAACUUGAGUCCUCCCAGCCAAAUGUGGACUUGGGAGGCACCUAGAAGGUGCCUAACCUCUACCGGAUGAAGACCCCUAGCUCCCAGUGCAAAACACACUGGGUCAGCCUCAGCAGGCUGCUCACUUCCUUGCUGAGAAUUCAUUUUCUCUUUGACACCAAACACUUACUUUACAGAAAAGAGCCUCCUCACAAAGGGGCAGUGGGUGACUCUUAAGGGAUGCAGCAAGAAUAGGUUGUCAUUUUAAUGGUCCCAAGGGCUCAGCCAUAGAAAGUGAGUGGUUACUGGAGAAAUGCCUCUUGUUUCUCUCUCCAAUAGAGGUGGCCUUAGGCAAAACCAUGUGGGAGGCAGGCAGUCCCUCUCUGUUGAAAGCCACAGAAAGUUCAGCUUUGGCAAUUAAGACUUGCUGGCAGAGGGAAAUGGAGAAGACAUGUGUUGAGCAACUACUGGGCAGGGAGCUUUAUCUGUUCUCAUUUAACUUCUAUGCCAGUCUUGAGAGGUCCUCAUUUUAUAGUCCAGAAAAGGGGCAUAAAUAUCCCACUGCCCCCCACUUUCUUCUAAUGAUGGUUACAGCAGCCAUCAUUUGACAAAGCUGAGUUUUUUUACCCAAGUCUGUUCCCUUUGCCACACCAGUGAGCAGUGUUAAAGCAAAGGCUGGGCAGCUGCCCUCCAACAUGCUGAAGGAAAUUGUAACCUCUGCCUUUGAAUUCUGAGAUUCCAGUUUUCCAAUAGACACAGAACUAAGAGUGAAGAGCCCAGGAAUUUUUGGUCAGAGCUCAGCCACUGCCUGACUGUACAACAAAGGGAACUGUAUCAAACCUUCACCUCUAUCCCUUGCUUGCUUAGCUCCAGGACAAGCUGUGACCUGAUAGAAAGACCCCUAUGGACAGGCUGGGGCUGUGUCUAUUCAGAAGUCUGCAGUGCUGCUCAGAAGAGGAUGACCCUGGGCUGAACCCCCCACCCUCAAGGUCACCACCUACCACAGCCCCCAGAUUCCUGCAAGUAGGCAUCAGACAUUGCUCUUAUCAGCCCUCACUGGAGGGGACUCUCGAUGUGCACGGCAGAAUCUGUAUACUUACAUGAGAGGAAGGACAUAUUACUGAUCACCUUCCUAAGGGCACCCCUGUGAGCUAAGAAAGACCGUGGUCAUUUCCAUUUUAUAGAUCCAGGAACUAAAGCACAGAAAUUAUGAAACUUGCCCAUUAAUUUUGGCUAAUCAAUGAUAAAGCAGAAAACCCAGUGCUCUUCCCUGGUUGGGCAAAUAUAUGUGAAAGUCGAUGCGUGCCUGGUUCCUGUUUAUACUCACAUAUUAUGACAUAUCACCAGAAAAUGGUAUAUCACCACGGCAGGUCUGAACUACGGGGUAAACAAAAUGGAAGACAGGUGAAGAAAGAGAAUACAUUAGUUCAAGAAAGUGAGGGCCAGGUGAGCUACGAGAUUUGUAUAGGGCUUUAUGGGUCACUAGAUUUUAAUGUGCAACUCCCUAAACCUUCCUUAGUAUUCUUUGAAACCUAACAGGACCAGUCAGUCCUCCCUUCAGAUUGCAACCAGCAGAAACCUCAUCAUGGGUGGAAUCUCUUGAGUUUCUCCUAAAUAAUGGAGUCAGGGAAUUUCCAGGGUCCUUUGGAGAGCCUCAGCGGGGUCAGGUGACUGAGACUGUGCAGCUGUGGUCAUACACAUUGCCAUGGGCUGAAGUCUGGGCCAAGAGCAUAGUAAAUCCAGGCAGGUGGUCAUUAUGCCUAAAAUAGCUACUUUUUGGCUACUGUCAACAAUGUGUUUCUGAAAAGUGCUCGAAAUUCAAACUUUCCUAGAGGGUAGCUGUUAAAGAAAUUUACUCACGUCAGGAGUUAAAAAAAUCUGUUUGUUUGUUUUUAAUGCUUAUUGGUAUUUCUGCAUUAAAAAUAACUACAAAUGUCUUAUUAAAGUUUCCAGUUUAAAUGCA